AGAAAAUCUGAUAAUCUCUGUAUCAAAAAACAUGUUAGUUGGAAUGAGGGCUGGGGUCUUAAACUUUUGGAAUAGGUGACAUCAAUUGAAUUGAAGAAAGGAUUAAACUGGAAGGUAUGGAAAAAGCCAAAUCUAUUCAAAUGAUCAUUGCUAUUCGGGAUCCUUUGGACGUAGCCACCGGUAGACAGUGUCCUUCGCUCAGGCACGGUUUUCUCCGGCUAGCUAACUAACAAGCUUGGUGUCGCCCCAGCCUAUGCUUUGCUAGUGGAACGCGGGGCGGCAAAAACUCAACAAGAUUCAACCUGUCUCUAAAUAUUCUCUGAGGAAUUUGUUUUGGUUUAUCAGUUAAACCACCUCAAGUUCAUAUAUAUAUUUUAAAUUCAUUUAGCAACAGGCUUACAAUUAAUCAAGGUUUAAAGUGAAAACAAAACUUAGAUUAGAGGAAUGAUUUAAUUGAACUAGGAUUCAUUUUUAAAUGUAACAAUUAUUUAACUAGGCAAGUCGGUAAAGAACAAAUUCUUAUUUACAAUGACGGCCUACCGGGGAACAGUGGGUUAAUUGCCUUGUUCAGGGGCAGAACGAUAGAUUUUUACCUUGUCAGCUCAGGGAUUCGAGCCAGAAACCUUUCGGUUACUGGCCCAACCACCUGCCGCCCCCAAUUAAUGUAAAACUAGGUUUAAAAUUUGGUGCAACAAGAUUAAUCCAUGUUGGUGCAACCCAACCUAUAUGUACAGCAAUAGUUGAAUGGACUAGAGUUACAGUGUACAUAUGAAAUGGGUAAAGCAGUAUGUUAACAUUAAUAAAGUGGCCAGUGUUCCAUGUCCACAAGCAUUUCUCUACACCUGCAAUAACAUCUGCUAAACAUGUGUAUGUGACCAAUAACAUUUUAUUUGAUGUCUAUGUACAUAGGGCAGCAGCCUCUAAGGUGCAGAGAUGAAUAACCGGGUGGUAGCCGGCUAGUGACAGCGACUAAGUUCAGGGCAGGGUACUGGGUGGAGUCCAGCUAGUGAUGGCUAUUUAACAGUUUAAUGGCCUUGCGAUAGAAGCUGUUUUUCAGUCUCUCGGUCCCAGCUGUGAUGCACCUGUACUGACCUCGCCUUCUGGAUGACAGUGUGGUGAACAGAUGUCCUGAAGGGCAGGCAGUGUGCUCCCGGUGAUGCUUUGGGCUGACCGCAUCACCCUUUCGAGUGCAGUUGCCGUACCAGGAGGCGUUACAACCCGACAGGAUGCUCUCAAUGGUGCCCACAUUACAGCAUUAUUCUAAAAUGGAUUAAUAAUGGCCCCAUCAAUCUACACAUAAUAGCCCAUAAUGACAAAGCGAAAACACAGUUUUUUUCUAAAUGUUUGCUAAUUUAUAAAAAAUAAAAAAUAAAUACUUAUUUAGAUAAGUAGUCAGACCCUAUGAGACUCAAAAUUGAGUCUCCUCAGUAAAAAGCACAUGACAGCCCUCUUGGAGUUUGCCAAAAGGCAUCUAAAGGACUCUCAGACCAUGAUAAACAAGAUUCUCUGGUCUGAUGAAACCAAGAUUGAACUAUUUGGCCUGAAUGCCAAGCGUCACAUCUGGAGGAAACCUGACACCGUCCCUACAGUGAAGCAUGGUGGUGGCAGCAUCAUGCGGUGGGGAUGAUUUUCAGUGGCAAGGACUAGGAUCGAGGGAAAGAUGAACCGAGCGAAGUACAGAGAGAUCCUUGACUAAAACCUGCUCAGGACCUCAGACUGGGGCGAAGGUUCACCUUCCAACGGGACAACGACCCUAAGCACACAGCCAAGACAACACAAGUGUGGCUUCGGGACAAGUCUCAAUGUCCUUGAGUCGCCCAGCCUGAGGCCAGACUUUAACCCGAUCAAACAUCUCUGGAGAGACCUGAAAAUACCUGUGCAGCGACGCUCCCCAUCCAACCUGACAGAGCUUGAGAGGAUCUGCAGAGGAUGGGAGAAAUACCCCAAAUACAGGUGUGCCUAGCUUACCCAAGAAGACUCAAGGCUGUAAUCGCUGCCAAAGGUUCUUCAACAAAGUAAUGAGUAAAGGGUCUGAAUACUUAUCUAAAUGUGAUAUUUCAAUGUUUUAUUUUUUUAUAAUUGUGCAAUUAAAAAAAAAAGUUUUGCUUUGUCAUUAUGGGUAUUGUGUGUAGAUUGAUGAGGUGAAAAAAACUAAUACAUUUUAGAAAAUGAAGUUUUAACAAGAAAUUUGUGGAGUGGUCGAAAAACGAGUUUUAAUGACUCCAACCUAAGUGUAUGUAAACUUCCGACUUCAACUCAUAUAUAUAUAUAUAUAUAUAUAUAUAUAUAUAUUACAUACACUUAGGUUGUUUUAUAUGGAUAUAUUGAAGCAACAUCUCAAGACCUCACUCAGGAAGUUAAAGCUUGGUCGCAAAUGGGUCUUCCAAAUGGACAAUGACCGCAAGCAUACUUCCAAAGUUGUGGCAAAAUGGCUUAAGGACAACAAAAUCAAGGUAUUGGAGUAGAGGUCGACCGAUUAAUCGGAAUGGCCGAUUUAAUUAGGGCCGAUUUUCACGUUUUCAUAACAAUCGGUAAUUGGCCUUUUUGGACACCGAUUAUGGCCGAUUACAUUGCACUCCACGAGGAGACUGCGUGGCAGGCUGACUAAGGAGCCAAGUGGGACAGGUGUCUUUUACCAAGCGAUGCCAGCUGUGGGAACCGAUGGGAGAACUGUUAUGAAUCUAAUCCCUGUUCAAAAAGUCAACGGACAGUUUGUUCAAUCACCAACGGGCACUAUAAAGGACAUUGCUGAAACUAAACGAGAUUAUACCUCGAAUGUUCCAUCAAUUUCGAAGAGUAACAUAUCUAUUUCGGGACCCACAGCUAAAGAACAAUUUGUGAAUAAAAGGCCAUUUUACGUGAGUACCUCUCCAAAUCCAGCCAAUCUGACAGGAAUAUAUCCUUCAGUGCGCAUCCAGACUCCAAUAGUAACAACAAAAGUUGCCCAAAGUGCAGGAUCCUUGACAUCACCUGAGUUUACCUGUGGGAACACAUUUGGCCUAACACUUAUAAAUAAGAAAAAGCUGCCAGUUACUGUGAAAUCCCCAGCGCUUCCAAAUGGACAAUACCUUCAAAUUCCACCUAAUGCACAAGUCAAAACCCUCCCAGCAUCCGCACUCCCCCCAGGCAUAAAGAGACAGAUAUUUACUUCAUCAACGACCUGUGCCUCAAAUUCACCAAUGGUUCUUUAUGUGUCCCCUGUCCAAACCAUGAAGCAUAAUUAUGUACCAACAUCUCCGAAGUCAGCCCCCUCACUCAGCCGACUUCCAAGGUCAUCUGGCCAAACACUUUCUACAUGCUCUUCAACAGGCUCAAGACAGUGUUCUAUUACUGCCAAGGAUGGCAAAAGACUGGUCACUCCUAUUAAGUGGGUGAUUGAGGAGGCGGAUGGCUUACCUGCUCCAUGCCGUGUUCCUGUGAAUUCAUCUUCUAUGACCUCAGAUAUCCUGAAAACUGUGGCAGAGAUGGAAAAAGCCAGCAAACCGUGUGAUCACACAGCAAAAAACUAUUCAACUUCCCAAGAGGGUCAGACAAAAAUUGGACAAGAGAAGGACAAUGCCUUAGUGAUGUACAAUGGGAAGGUGUAUUUUGUAGCUAACAAAACCCCUGCGCUUUGUAACAGACCAUCAAAACCCUUGGAGGCCAGUAGGAGCAUGGGUACCUCCUCCACGCAGGCAAAGGAAAAUGUUGGAUUCAAUCAGAGAAUCAGCUUACCGCCCUCCCUACCCUUGUGCUCCUCAUCUGGGUCACAAUUGUCAAAUAAAACCAGACCAGACCCAAAACACAUUGUCAUACCAGAUGAAAUCAUUGACCUCUGUGACGAUGAUUCCCAGGAUGACCUCACAUGCCAGGCAAUAUCAACAAGGGAUGUAACAAGGCAACUUUUCAGACAGUCUGAAGUUGAUGAGGACGAAGACUCCAAUGUAAUAUUUGUCUCAUACCUUCCACCCAAAGCGGUGCCUAAAGUAGGUGAAGGAGAAAUGUCUCAUAUGCUGGAUGACUUCGGAGCUGGACAAGAAAUGGUCCGUAGUCAAAAUAAUUUGAAUGGCGAGGUAGUGGAUAGUCAGAACAAUGUAUCUGGGCUUUCAAUAGAAAGGUGUCAGAAUGUUGGUACUGCCCACGACAUGGCAGACUGUCAAGAUAUUGCAACAGGCCAAGAGUUGAACUCCCGUCAGCAAAACAUCACUGGUCAGGAUUGGAAAAGACUGCACAUGGAAGGAUUUUAUGGCAGUGCAACUGGACUCAGAAUUGAGAACAUUCAGAGUGGUGCCACCACCCAAGAAAUGGGGAACAUCCAGAAUGAUGCCACUGACCAAAGCAUUGGAAAUAGUCAGCACAAUGCCUCCACUCAAGAAAUGGAGAACAUUCCUGAAAGCACCGCUCUCCAAACAGAAAUGGAGACACACAAAAAAAAGAGCUCAUCAGAUCCCAUUCCUGAGCAGCAGACUUCCAUGUUGGACCAGGAAUCCCUGGAAACUUGUGAUCGCCUGCUGAAACAGAUGUUUGGGAUCACAUCUGAUGUGCAGAUAUGUUUGAAGAGGAUAGAUUCUAAGCCCAAGGCUAACCCUAAGGUGUUUCCUCAGAUUGGGACCACAAACAAACGUACCAUAGAGGCUAUUCGCAAAUUGUUACAGAGAUCAAUAUUUGUGACAAAAAAGAGGGUACAUAAUGAAACACAGGUCUCUGCCACAAGGAACAAUGAUAGUUGCCCAAAAAAUGCUAAAAGGCAGAAAAUAGAAAAAGUUGAAAAUGCAUUUAAAAGUUCAGAAAACCCAGAGCCCCUUACCAGUCAAACUCCUCAGCUGGACAUGCAGCCCCUUACCAGUCAAACUCCUCAGUUGAUAUUGCAGCCCCUUACCAGUCAAACUCCUCAGUUGAUAUUGCAGCCCCUCACCAGUCAAACUCAUCAGUUGAUAUUGCAGCCCCUUACCAGUCAAACUCCUCAGUUGAUAUUGCAGCCCCUUACCAGUCAAACUCCUCAGUUGAUAUUGCAGCCCCUUACCAGUCAAACUCCUCAGCUGGACAUGCAGCCCCUUACCAGUCAAACUCCUCAGCUGGACAUACAGCCCCUUACCAGUCAAACUCCUCAGCUGGACAUGCAGCCCCUUACCAGUCAAACUCCUCAGUUGAUAUUGCAGCCCCUUACCAGUCAAACUCCUCAGCUGGACAUGCAGCCCCUUACCAGUCAAACUCCUCAGCUGGACAUACAGCCCCUUACCAGUCAAACUCCUCAGCUGGACAUACAGCCCCUUACCAGUCAAACUCCUCAGCUGGACAUGCAGCCCCUUACCAGUCAAACUCCUCAGCUGGACAUGUUUUUUGAUGGUGAACAGAUAUUUGUUUAUGAGGAACCGACUGUCAAUUAUUUUAUUUCCACCACAGAUGAAACAGUUGUCCCUUCCAAACCUCUGCCAGAUCUCGAUCUGGUGCAUAUUUCAAAACCAAGCUCAAUCUCACCCGUUUCAUCUGUCCACCCACAAACAAACACUGAAGCUAUGGAUUGCGCUCCUAGGCCCUGCUGUGGUACAGAAAGCAACAUAAAGCCAAACUCUAGAAGAAGAAGAAGGGGAAAGGGGAGAAGAUGCACUGCAUGUCCAUGUGAGGUGACUGGAACACAAGUCAAAGCAAUGAGCACAUCAUCCACUUCACAAGAGGAGCCUGAUUCAUCUAAACCACAAAACACCAGGUUCUCAGGGAACCGUACCAGUGCAGUUGUAGAGUCGACUAAACGAAAGGGGAGAAAGUCCACAAAGGCUCAAGCGAAAGAUAAAGAGCCAGCAUCUAUGGAGAUCCAAUGUCCUUCAACUAUGAGUGAGCAGGGAAGUAGUACAGCUGGAGAGAUCCCAACCAGUUAUCUCUGCUCUACAGCACCCAUGGACACUGAAGAAAUCAAGCGUCAUGAGAGAAUCAAACGACUGAAAGAUCUCUUGAAGGAGAAAGAAGCUGCUCUUGAGAUGAUUAGAAAGAACAUGAGCUGAGUUUGAGAGGAUGGAAUCACUUUUCAAAUUCCAUAAUGUAUUUCACAACUUUAGCCUUAUAGAAGUCUUAUCCAUCAUAUUUAUGUAAUUUAAGUUUUAUUCACUGCAGGAAAUUAAUUCACUUAUUUUCAGUAUUGAAUGUUUAAUUCCAAAAUACAAUAAUUUCAGUAUUGAAAUGUAACUAACUGUCCUGUUUUUCCCAGUGGAUAAGGGUAGUGAGAAUAUAUUGAUGCAUUGACUAAGCAUCUUAAGAUGUUUUAGAAAAUAUUUACAUUUUACAGACUAGCAUUUUCUGAUGUUUGUAUUUCUGUUUCAUCAAGCUUUUGCUAUUUUCUAUAUUUGUUCUGCAAAGAUGGAUCACGAUGCCAUCUUCAAACUGCAUACAGAUACUUGUUGGCUUCCUUAAGAGUCAUUUAUUUUAGAAUGUAAUAUUUACAUUUGGUUAGUAGGCAUAAGUGUUUUUCUGUCUGUAAAUGAAAAUACUGUAACUCAAAACAUUUAAUAAAUCAUGUGUACUGCUCUUGAGAUGAGCAAUUGCAUGCUCUUCUCUCCUUGUCUCUUCCAAAAUCCAUUGGAUGAAAAAGCCAGAUGUCCCUCCCCUCUGAGCUUCUGCUCCAAUGGGUUUUGAGAAGGAGACGAGACUUCAUCUCCAAGGACAUCAUCCUGACAAUUUACCAACACCGGGGGCGCACAACAGCAGCAGUCAAAGCCUAUGACCAAUGGGACCCGCAUCUACUGGCACAACCAUUAGCAAAAAAACAUGGCCUUUCAAGGCAGUCUGCAGGUCUUUGGACCGUUGUACUGGAACAAGCUGGACUUAUCCACACGAGAGUUAUCUAGCAUGUCCACCUUCAAAAGAGCAGUACAUAUAGCUGUAACGUGAGCGGGGUUUUCUAUGUAGGCUACCGCAUAUGAUGUGUAUGCUGUGAUUUUAGAUGUGCUUUUGUAUGUAUCCCUUUGUAUGUAUGCCAAUGGGUAUGCUGUAUAUGUUUUUAUUGAUUCUAUGGAACCCAGGACUCCCUGGAAAACACUGGCAAUUGCUACAGGGUGGCUUUUUGUAAUGACAUUGCAUUUGUAAGCACUAUCAAAAUAGUGUACAGAGAAUGCAUGGAAAAAUCUGAAGUAAUGCACACAAGUUUAGGGCUAAGCUAUACAGUUUCACUGCCUCUAAUUUUGCAAACAGCCUUUCUCAUAGUCACAGGAAGUUACCACAGCAGUGAAUUAGCUGUGUGAAGCCAGCAUCAAUAAGGAACAUUAAGGCUGGGAUUAAAUUGGUUAUAACAUGAAAAAGCACAUACCAGGAUGUGUGUAAUAAUACCAUUUGAUUAGAAUCAGAAGCAACUGUGGAAAAUACAUUGAAAUCCCAUUAUGUCUGUUACACACUAUGGUGAAGACCAUCUGUAUUUUAUUUCAUAACUUGGUUUAUUAUACUAUACACAAGUAGCACAAUGCCAUUGAGGCAAUCUCCAUUUUGAAGUAGUCCAUUUCUUCUUACUACUUCUAUGAGUUGGCAACAUAGAGAAUGAUAGAGGCCUCUAGUGGCCAAAAGGCUGUAUUAGCAUGGGCAGCGGCAUUGCGGGUUUCCACCUAUUUAAUGUAGUCAACUGGGUGGGCCUUCCAACUUCAUUGGCUGAUCCCUCCUGGUAACCCUGUUGGAGUCAUGUUCAACUGGGUCAUCCAGAGGGAUCAGCCAAUCGUGAAGAAGAAAAUUGACUACUUAAAAAUGGAGGUUGCCUCAAUGGCACUGCCCAUGCUGUCAAAGACACUAUAAUGUCACAGAUACAUAGAUGAGUCCUCUAUCUCUAUGGUUUGCAAACAAACAAUGGGUAUAAAUUCAUUGGCUGAUCCCUCUGAUGGAAUCGUGUGAUCCUUCCUUAACCCAUCGGAAGUCCCAUCCAGCUGACUACUUUAAAAUGGUGGAAGCCCUCAAUGGCGAUGUCCAUGCCAAAAUGGGUUUUAGCCAUCUAGAGUCCUUUACCUAUGGUGAUACCCGAGUUUCCCACUUGGAAAGUAUCAGAAUCAACCAAUGGGAAGCAUUUCUGACUUGUAAUAAAAGUAGAAAGUGUUGCUGGACAAUA